AUGUUGAGCGCACCCAAAAGGAACGCCGGCCGUAGGCUCUCCUCGCUCUUCUCCAUGGGCUCAAACGACUCCAAGGACUCGAAAGAGUCGAAGGAAUCUGGCUCUGCGGCAUCUUCAGAAUCGAGUAGCCGCCUGUCAAAGGUAAAGAAGCGCAUAACCUCGCACUCGCUAGCACCCGACUAUCCCGCUCCUUCCCAUAGCCCACGAGACAUUGCCGUCAGCGCGCCAGUCACCAUACAGACUGUCGAUUCCGUAGCUGCCGCUUUCGAACCCCUCGAACCGCCGCCGCCUCUUACAAGCUCCAACCCGAACUCACGAAGCAGCUCACCCAACCGGCUCAACAAGAGCCGACCUGGCACUCCUGGCACUCCUGUUGGAGGUCUGCUCACACCCACCACGGACACAGAGGCCAAGAAAAACAGGCGUCGCAGUAGACUGUUUGGUUACGGGGAGAGCAGCGAUGAGCGAUUACAGGACCCGAGCCAACGGCAUCCCAAGGAUAGCCCGUUGGCAUGGGUAGUCGGACACAAGGGAAAGGUGGAAUACAGCUUGACCAUGUUGUUGAACGGCGAGAGGGUACCGGAGCUAUGGGAUGAUGCCGGCGAUACCCUCGUAUACCUCUUUCCACGCACUUCAGACAAAGGCCCUUCUUUCCGCAUAGAUUCGUCCGUCUAUGCAUCGUCUCAAUACAUGACCAGACUGCUGCACGGGCAGCUUUACAGCGAAACCACUGAAAUGCCCGAUCGCUCCGUCCGCAACUCAUCUGCCACGUAUGGAAUUCCUUCGCGAACAGGCUCCCCCGACGCCAGCGUUGUAGACAGCUCGGACGGAUCGAAAGGAUCAAGAGCUCUCAGCGAUGCGACCGAGGACGAUCACUCCGAAAAGCAUCUAUACAUGCCCAUUGCUCUUUCAACUGACCAAGCGCCCAUCACACCGACAACUUCCGAGCCUAAACUUGCCAACAAGGACAUUGACACGCUCAUUUCCUACCGCAACUUUUUCGCAUUCCUUAUCGGCCAGUCGUUGGUGGCUACCCAGCGGCACUCUGACAUUUUCGACAUCUUCUUGCGCAUAGCAGAUAUCUUGCAGCAUUACAACUUCUCAAAUGUCGACGGAUCUACCUACGGCGAGGUCGCUGCGUCGAGCUUCGACAGUUAUGUCGAUGAGUUGUACCUGGCGGAUGUUCGGCAAAGCAGGGAAAAGACCAUUGAAGCAAUCGUUCUUGGAGAGAAGAUGCGAUCCAUGUCAUUGUACACCGAGGGUUUCGUUCACGCCGUGGGCAAAUUCGACAGCAUAAAGGAACUGAAUCAUCCCAAGUACGACUUGAUUAGCCCUAAAACGGGCACACGUCUCGCUCGCGCAGCAUUGGACUUGGAUAACCGGGAGAUGAAUAUCAACAACAAGCUCAAGGAAUUCGACUUUCCCGCCAUGUUCGCUGGUAUUAUGAACUCUGCCAUGGCAGAUGAGAAGAAGGCCGUAAGGUUCGGUAAGUGGAAAUCGGCUUUCAUGAGCACACGGUCGUUUGCCCUGGAUUAUUACAAGACGAAGUACGGAGGCUGGUUACCAAAGGCCCGGUCAAAGAAGAACAACCUCACUACGAGCGGACUGAAUCGCUUAGUAUUGCUGGAAAUUUAUCACGAUCUGUCCGAUCUUUACGAUCUGCUAGUGGAUCGAACGAAUCUUACCAACCGUACUGCUGAUGGUUUUAUGAGCGAGGACGAGCGGACAGACUUCGAAUCGAUUGCAGCACUUGCCAUGCGGAAGGUCCUCAGCGAGUACGACCGCAGCACACCCCCAGUGCAACCUCCCAUACCUUUCGACGUACCUUUGUAUCCUACUUUGAAGGAAGUCAACAAGGAGUAUCCGUCCGGCGAUAGAAAGAAGGAUGCAAAAUCCCGUGGCAAGAAACUCACCAAAGACCAGAUUGCGCGGAUGAUCAAGGCUUCGCACAAUGAAGACGCGGAGAAGAAGACCGCGUUUCUGGAAGCAUUCCGCCACUUCGAGCAUAAGCAGGCUUCAGGCUGCACUAUGGAGGAGCUGUACGAACUAAGGUCGGGUCAGUGGCUCUUCCUCUACGCUGUAAUUCAGUCUUUGCCCAUGUUGGUGGUGGAUGCGCCCGGCGUCCGCUUCACCGAGGGCGUAGAGUAUUUCCUCUGCGAGGUGCCACGCGCCGGUACUCCUUGGGGCCGCGAGGACACUUAUCGUGCGCGAACUUGGUUUGGUGUUGCUGGAGGCUCUCAAGUCGUCAGCUUACCGACUGACGUUGUCGAGAAUGGAGUUGAAGGUGUCUUCCGCCGGUCUCACUGCUGGCAGAUGGCAGAGAAGUGGGCGCAAAACGACACGCUGUUGAACGCAGCUAUGCACGAGAUGAAUGCUGCCCCUCUGCCACCUCCGCCGGGGUUCCUCGACGCCUCAGCAGCGAUACCAAGCCCUCGUUCGCAAAGUCCCGCCGGCGACCGUCGACGCGAGAGCGUGAUGAAUCUCGGGCUAGAAGCUCUGCCUCUGCCUCCAGGCUUUGCGCCAGGAGGUGCUCCCUCACCAGGAGGCGGCUCGCCCAUGAUGCGACCUGUAUCUGUUCACGACCCUACGAAAACAUUUGAUUCAAUCCUCGAAUCGGUUCCCAACAAGAAAGACAAGAAGAAGAAAAAAUGA